GUUCGUGCAGUUUCAUGCUAUCAUUGAUUUCUGUGUUGAUUACCUUAAGCUGAAUUUAAGGAUGAUAAAUGUUGUGAUAAUUACUAUAUCAACGGUUGCUAGGUUUGUGUGGUGAUGUUUGAGGAUGGGACAGAAGCAGAAAAUGCUGUUAAUGCUUGCCAGAAGAUGGCCAGCUUAAGUACAACACGGUCGUUAUACACACUGAAAUAUAGAUUACACGGCACCUGUUGAUGACAGCAUGUAAAUUAUUAAUUUAAGAAUGACUUUGGACAUUUUCAAAACGAACAUUUAGGAUUAUGCAAGAAAUUAAUUAAAGAAAAAAGCGAUUAUAUAUUUGAUAAACUUAUAUACGUUGGAGAGAUACAGAUUAAUUGUACAUGUAAUCAAGAAGAAGAAGAAGAAGAAGAAGUGGUCGUUAUGUAAUCCGCAAAUACAAUUUCAAAACACGUCUGUCUGGUCUCUAGAAUUAUCCAAAUCAUAUCUACCGCUGUCACUCGGAGUUUAUCUUAUUUAUGCGUGCCUUGACAAGUUGUUGGAAAACUAUAAUUAGUUUUAAUUUUCAUUAAGCUCUUCAACAGAUUUAAUUAAUACGUCAUACUUGACGAAGGUGAAAAGAAAACGAACCGUGGAAUUAUAUUAGAAAUCAGUUUGAUUUUAAACAGAACUAAAGUCACUUGAACAUUUCUCGUUGGUGAAAGUUGUUUAAAAGAUUCUAAUUUAUUAUCCUUCAAAAGACAAUGGAGGAAAUUGUGAACUAUCCAGAAGUCCAUGAAAAACUCAUGAAGCUUUCCUGCUAUUCUCGGAAAACUUUCAUCGAUGUUUUACAUAAAAUCUGUGAAGAAGAAUCCAAUGACAUGAUGGGGAUUUUGGAUCAGAGUCGAAAUGAAAUCCAUGAUAUGGCAUCGUCCAUACAGAAAGAGCAAAAAGCCUUCAAGGAGACACUCCAUCAACUCAAAACUGAACGAGCAAAUAGUGAACGGAAUGAAUCUCGAAUGUCGACCGCCUCCUGUUUAGAUGGAGUGGAAAAUGGUGGAAGAUCAAGGAAAAAGAACAAAAAGAAUUCUGAUUCCAGGCCGUCCAGUGUCUGUAGCCUACCUGCUGCGUCAACCACCCAAAUUACUAUUGAACAGGAAAAGGAAACCGUAUUCCGGAACUUGGAUUCUGCUGGAGCUAAAUUAGAUAAUGAAAGGAAAAGACAAGCAGCACGUGUUGAAGAAUUAAAGUCACGUACACGCCAGAACCAAAAGGACAAUGCCCACAAAGCCAAGGAACUCAUAGAAGAAGCAAAUAAUCUAUCCAAAGUGUUAGAUAAAUGUAAAAUUGAACAGCAAGAAAAAGUGAAAGAAAUUGUGGAGAACAAAAGGAAAAAAUUCACAGAUUCUACAGCCGGGGCACAAACUAUAUUUGUAGUAUCAGGAGACAAUCCAACGGGCGGCAACAAUAAUAAUCCUGGCAACCAUGGAGUUCCUGAAAUUGGGAAAUUCUAAAGACAUUCGUAUGGUUUAAUGUUAUUCUUUCAGUUGUAUAUAAAGACUUUUCUUUUGUUCCUUAGCCCCAAUACGAUUAGUUUAAACAAACUCCCAAUCAACUCUGUUGCUAAUGACAACAACAACAAUAAUAAUAUUCACCAUUUUCUUUGUAAAGAACGAGAGAACCCCAAACAAUGGAGCUUGCAUCACUUUUCAGGGAUACCCUUCCUAUCUUUUUUUGUUAUCUCUUACAUGUUUCACUCAUCGGACUACGGCCAUGCUGGGGCACCACGUUUAAGGGUUUUACUUAAACAAAUCAACCCCAGUACUUAUUCUGUUGGCCUCUAUUCCCGGAUACUUUCAUCAAUGCUGGGAGGGACCAAAACACACACACACACACACACACACACACACACACACACUAUGGGUUUCCUCACAGAGUUUGUCUACCAAAUUCAUUAACAAGGCAUUGGUCAGCCUGGGGCUGGCACUUGCCCAAAAUGCCAUACAGUGGUAUUGAACCCAGAACCAGGAGGUUGCAAAGUGAGCUUCUUAAGCAGGGCUGUGCUUAGACACAUCCAUGUCUGUCUCUGUACAGAACAGUCCCUGUAACUUAGUGGUUUGACAAAAGGAGACUGAUAAAACAAAGUACUGGGGUCAAUUUUUUUGACUAAACUCUUCAAGGUGGUGCCCCAACAUGGCCACAGUCCAAUCACUGAAACAAGUAAAAGAUAGUUUGUUAAUGAGGCUCUGCUUCUCCUUCAUUUUGUCUCCUUUGGUGUUCCUCGUGGUUUGGUUUAAGUCCCCACACCUUUCUCUUAUCACAAUAACAACCGUUCCACAAUUAUUUCUAACCAUUCAUAUUCCUGGAUCGUGCAUCUCAUUCUUUCUUGAACUUCUGCAGACAACCGUCAACCACACACAACUCAAACACCUCACAUGAAAUUUGAAAAACUUUUCAUGAAUGGAUAGCGGGCUCCUCCCCAUGUCAUAUAGAUUCCCUGGGGCUAGUUACCUUGAUUUCUGUUGCAUAUAUAUUCUGACCCCCACCUGGAUGGGAUGCUGGUCUGUUGCAGAAUUACUCCUUUUUGCCAGCUGAGGGAACUGGAAUAACAUGAAAUACAAUGCAUCAUCUGGUCCAGGAAUUGAAACCGCAAUCUUACGAUCAUGAGUCUGACACCCUAACCACUAAGCCACGCGCCUCCCCUUUUAUGAAUGGAAACUUUGAUUGCUUCCUGCUUGAAAUAGGAGCAGUUUGAUAUUUCUCUCUUCAAUGUUACCAAUAAUGUUGGAAGCUGCUUCAUCAACAUGAGAAUAUGUGGAAAAAAGGAGAAAGUUAAUAAAAGCAUCAUUUAUGUGAUGCAGAAGUGUAAGAGAAUUACAUAAAAAAAAAAAAAAAUGAAGCUGAGUCAAAUAUACAUUCAAGUGGGGUAUUUUCGUCUCCUUACAUCAACCUAUGAGGGACCUGUAUAAAUCAUUAGGGAUGUUUCUCGGGGCUCAUUAAGUGUUUUGGGUCUUUCAACAAUCAGUAAUCUCCACCCCGGUGACCAAGGAAGGUAUCAUCAAGCCACAGCUUGUGUCCAGUUUGCACAAUCCACAAGUAGCACUGCCCAUUCUGGAGCAUUCAACUCCUGAUCCGCAGCCACCCUGAAACAACCUCUGCUUCUCCAACAGUCAACCUGAUGGCCCUCUCCCUCCUUGUCCCUGUGAUGCCAAGCAGGUUGUAAGCUCUGCACAGGGACCCACCAUGAUGGGACCACAUCCUACAUGGCACUCAUUGCUGUGGCACAGCUCCACCAGCUCAGCAGGCUUUUGCUAUUGUAAGUAAACCCCAGCAGCUGGCAUCUUCUUCAUGUCAG